CUUUAGACGAUUUGCAACACUGCGAAUUUGGCGUCCAAGAAAUUGCCUUCACUUCUUUUCGCGACUUUGAAAGAGAGUUUUCCGAUUUCCCAGACAAAACCAUGUCGCCGAAGACUAAGAAAAUGGUGGUCAAGAUCCCACGGCACCCGUACUUCAAUGUGCAGGGCGAGCGGAGCGUGGAACGAGAGGUGGAGUACCAGGUGCGAAAGUGUCGCGUAAAUCUCGAGCGCAUCAAAUCUUCAAACACCCCGAAUUCUCGUCCAUUUCCGUUAAAACCGAAGCCCAAGAGAUGCAUUGUACGCGUGGCCCGUCUUCCGGACGUAGAGCGCAGUGAGAUUUCCGUAACCCCGGCCAGUUCCAUCAUGAAUUCCGAUAUCGACGAGGGUAACUCCAGCGAAUAGGAGCAAACCAUGACAUGUCCCAACCAUCACCUACCUACACCUAAGAAACCUGGCUCCGUUGCUCUUAUCUGGCUAGCUAUACUAUCGAUGAACACAUCCAAAAGUCAUACUCUUUCUAAACCGGAGAGAGUCAUUCAUUUCUUUUAACAUAUAAACUAGAUGUCCAAUAAAAAUGAAUUAUUUCUUGACGAAUAUUUUAAAAGAAUAUGUACAAGAAUAGCAUCUGCGUCUAUGCUAAUGAUACUCGAUUCAUUACAUUAAAUUGGUAUAUUGGAAAAUGA